AGCAGGCAGAAAAGUAGACACACACAUUUAAAAAUUACUUUGGGAUCACGGAUCAUCAAAUAGGAAUCGAAUAUAUUUCAGAGAAUCAACAAGAUGAGCGACAAAGAAAGUCCACCAUCAUAUGUUUGCAAUAUGCAACUUAAUGUCGACCCAUUGGAGAAGCCAAGGGUUAGGGCAAUUUGUGGGCCUGCCUACGAGCAACAAAGCUCAGAGUCAGACCCCCAGGAAGAGUGUUGCGUGGAUGUGGAAAAUGUUACGGUCAAGUUUUAUAUAUCGAAAACCAAAAUUGUUGCCCAAGUGUAUCCCAAUUGCAUGACCAUGGCUGAGGUCAAACAGGAUAUAUCGCGUAAAUUCGAAGUGGACCCGAGCGUGAUUCUGCUCAAGCAAAACAAUCGUUUGCUCUGCGACAAUACACCCAUUCAUUCCACCAAUAUCGAUGAGUUUGGCAUUCAUGAGUUUCAGCUGGAACUCAAUGUACCCCAGGGAGAUAAUACUAAACUGAGCCUGAAUGUCUACUAUGAUAAGCAUCGUUUGCCGGACUAUCUGACUGUGCAUAUUUCUGGCGAGGACACCAAGGACGGGCAGCCCAAAAAUGUGGUGGUCGAAAUUGAAAAUGCUGCCAUUGUUAAGCCAUUUUUGUGUGGAUACAAGGACAAACACAGUCGCAAGGAGUACUUGGACGCCUUCACCCAAACAGGACCAUAUUUAGACAAGGGCAAGUAUCGGCUUUAUCGUUCACGUGAUACCCAGACCUGGGAGCAGAAGGAAAAGACUUUGAACACCGCGCAUGAGCAAUCCGUGCAAUGUGUCCUCGAUGGCAUCAACGUGAGGUACAUGUCCACAGCUAAUGAUUAUAUCAUUGUGCCCGGCAAGUAUCAAACGUACGCACAGAAAGAGAGAGCUGAGCGAAAGCUCGAGAAGAUUCUAUUGAUACAGCGCAAUUGGCGUCGCUGGAUACUAUGGAAGUACAUUCAUAUGCGUGCCAAGGAAUUUCGGUCUCUGGUGAAAAAUCGCGAAGAAGAAGAGCAGCAAUAUGAACAGUGUGUGGAAAAGCGCGUAGAACGCACGGAGCAAAUUAAGCAAUUUCCCCGCACCAAUGACGACUUCGAUAUGCUCUUUGCUGAGAUCUCACGCUGGAAGCGCGCUGAGCUGAAGCGCAUUACAGCUCAUUUUGAAGGACCUGCGCGCAUAUCGGAGGUGAACAUUCUGCUGGAUAGGGAAAUUCAGCUGUUGAACGGCGUAGAGAGACAGCGACGUUUGGUCUCCAUGGCUAUGGAAGACUUUCGCAAAGAUCAACUGCUGAAGGAACUGGGAAAGCCAAUAGAAUGGAUUGGCUACAAGGAUUGCAAGAUUCACUUGGAUUUGUUGCGCACGCAACGCGUACGUUUCUUAACUGAAGUGUACAAAGAUUUGCGUCAGACAGUGGAGAAAGAUAAACGUCUGGAGCUGCUAAGUCGUGUUAUGGAGUUGCUCUUGGAUGAAGCUUGUUUUCCCAAUUUCCCAGAGUUGUUUGAUCUGUUUGAUAGAGAGAAGAAUCUUCUUAUCUAUGCCAAGUCAUGCGAUGUGGAAAUUCUGCGCAAGCGCCAAAAUAUAUUGUUCUUUGAACUAAUCAAGUUUCAGAAGCGUACUCAACAAAAGAAUGUUCCGUCACGAAUGUGCAUUGUUUGUAAAAAGGUGAAGCCAUACGCUCAAUUUGCGAUCCGAACUCGCCAAAGCCAUGUAGACACUUGUAAGCACUGCUACUAUUUGAAGUUGGUGGCCACGGAAAACACCGUAUACCAAUCAAUUCUGCGUUGCAUCCAGCGCGAUGAACGCAAGCGCAAGUGCACCACGUCCUUUGCUUUUGUCAUGCAACAGGACGAUGUGCGUCACAUGCUGGAUAAAAUAUGGCACGGCCACUCAGCACUCAGCAAGUCAGAGACGCUCAGCGAAUUAAGAUUGCCUCGCUGGAAUAAAAGUGAUGACUGGUCACCGUGGAACUGUGUGUGCCUCACUGAGCGCGAGACGCGUGAUCAUUACAAGAUCGACAACAUGGAGAAGGUUUACGAUCCCAAGUUCAUAUUGUAUGUUGGCAAUUGUCACAUGCUGGCACGAAACUUGUUCCACACUUUGGCUGCUGUCGCCACAGAGUUCCAAGAGACGGGACAAUGGUGGAAAGUGGGCAUGAAUAAACAACGCACCAGCAACUUGAAUGCGGUAUAAAGACAAUUUAAAAAUAUUAAUGCUUAUUAUUAGUUAUCUGAUCCCAGCUUAUAAAAUGUUUGAUGGAUUUCAACAAUUGCUU